CCGGAGCCGCCACACGCUCGCAGCCAUGAACCGACAACCAUCUCCGGCCUUCGAGGACAAGAAGCCCGUCCUGCCCGCCGCCGGAGGCUCCGUGUCGGUCAGCAGAGACUCGCCGACGCUGCCGGAGGCGUCGUCCAGCGCGGACUUCUUCGGAGGUUCGGUCCACGGAGCGCAGGACUUUUACGCGGCGCAGCAGCAGUUCGCCCCGCAGCACAUCAACCCGUACCCCUACCAUCCCCACUGGAACGUCCCGGGGGGCUACCCCGUCGCCAAGACCGAGUACACGUACCCGACCUACCGGGAGAGCUUCGGCAGGGACGCGGGCGCAAUACAGGACGCCGUGAAGGACGAGCCCGACACAGAGGUCCGCAUGGUCAACGGGAAGCCCAAGAAGAUCCGCAAACCUCGGACCAUCUACUCCAGCUACCAGCUGGCCGUCCUGCAGAGAAGGUUCCAGUCGGCCCAGUACCUGGCGCUGCCCGAGAGGGCCGAGCUGGCUGCACAGCUGGGCCUGACGCAGACGCAGGUGAAAAUCUGGUUCCAAAACCGGCGCUCCAAGUUUAAGAAGCUCUACAAGAACGGAGAGUUCCCGCUGGGCGACGUUCCUUUAGAACACAGUCCCGACGCCAGCGACUCCAUGGCCUGCAACUCGCCUCCGUCCCCGGCCAUAUGGGACAGCAACAACAGCGGCAGCACCAACAACCCCAGCAGCGCGCCACAAAACGACAGCAAUGUCAAAAGCAACUCUGUGCUGGACCCGGCGAGCAGGGGUCCGGGCCCCUACCACCCAGCCGUGGACUCCUCGGCGGACUACAUGGGGAACUUCUCCCACCACUGGUACCAGCAGCAGGGGGCGCACCUCGGCCUACAGCACGCAGCUCACCACACGCCCUCGCCAACGGCGCCGCAGAGUUUGGGAGCCGUCUACUGACUCAGAGACUCGGGCCCGCCUGGAGUCGGGGGUGUGGGUGACCUGGAGAUCUGUGGUGACCCGAGUCAGCAACAGGACACUGAUGUUGCAGAAGAGACUCGAGUGCUAGCUCAAACACUUUCAGCUCAGCAAGACGAAGAGCUUCUCUGAGACUUUCUGCAGCACAAAUUUGAGUUCAGCCAGUGAAGAGAUCGUCUUCCUCGCCUUCACUGAAGCAUCUUGUACGUUCGUUUGGAUCAUUUCCCCCGAAAUGUCAACCAAGAGUUUACAAAUGUAACUUCUGUCAAUCAAGUCGCAUAAGACUUGAGACAAAUUUCAGAUUUCUCUCACUCAGACUCAUUGGGGACGAUCCAUCCUGUAUUUUGUCGCAGAUAACACGGUUUUAUCGAACACCUGAAACUCGUCCUGUUCCGAGGAUUCCUCAUCCUUCACUUAAGUUCUUAGUCUUCCAAAACUCUCAAAAGAUUUGGAGGAUUUCACCUCUGUGACGCCUGAAACAAGGACGCUUCUGUUGGAUUUAGGUGCUUCCCAUGUUCUUGUUUCUUAAAUGACCAAACCCGAAGGAUAAAGUACAGGAGAGAAGUGACGACAAAACUUACCUUUUUUUGAGUCAUUUUAAAUAUAAGUUCCAAAAGGAUUUUUAAAGUUCAAAUAAAUCA